AUGGAGUCCUCACGCUCAUACACGACCGACACGACCUCAACGAUCGGAGGUUUUUCAAACCAAAACCUCCUCCAAAUACCUCCUCCUAGAAGCUCACUCCUUCUCUUUCAAGCCUCCCUGGGUGAUAUCCAGUCCGUCGAGGCUGGGAGGACCAACCCGGGUAUCGAACUCUUGGACAGGUCGUGGGCAGCGAUGAGGCCUGAAGCGAGACACCACCUCGAUCGUGUUGCGAGUUUGGAAAAGUCAGAACAUAUUGAAUUCUGGAGAAACCGAGGAGGAGGCAUAGGUGUAUUUGAAGGGAAGGCCUUGGCGAUCGAAGAGGAAGUAAGAAUGUGGGAGAUAUAUGCCGAGGGUUUCACUCUGGAGGCACAAAAAAGGCUGUCCUUCGAUCACUUUCCGUCUGGUGAGACCUCCACUCAGGAUGCUCAGCUAGAUGGUCAAUCCGCCUUUUCUGGGCAAACUCAAGAGGCCCAAAUACAGGAUCCGCUUUGGGAUAACCAAAUAUCCCCUGAUCAGGGAUACUUCGCAUCCACCUCCCCAGUCAUUAACUUCAUGGAUGUAUCCGCACCUCGAGUGGUACAAAAUCCAUUAAACCAAGUCCCCUCAUCGAAUAUCUUGACGUCGCAAGCGAACUGUCUUGCCCAUAUGGGUGGCCCAGACCCUUUUGAUGAGCUUCCAGCUAUCCAACAAAGCUCUGUCUCGCUAGAGGAGAACGUGUUAGGCUCAGUUGGAUCUAGUCCAGAGAUUCCUUUUGAACAAAUAUCGUCACUAUCUGCGGACUCCCACCCGUUCACCACUCCACUUUCGAAUAGGGAGUUACAAUCUGCCACAUUCUAUGACCGCCGUGGACGCAUUGACUUGAGACGCCUAUCACUGCCACCCCUGCCACUGGCAUCCGACGAUGACUUCCCCCUACCUAGCAUCGCUGGAACGAUCCGUCGGCCCCCUAGAACGCAAAGAUCGACAUCUGGAAGCGAGAUUGGCGUUUCUUCACCAGAGUCUCACCCAGAUAGACGUCAGAAUUCAGCAGCAAAGGCCCCAAGUGAGCGUGAUAGCAAUGGUGCUAGAAGGCCCAAAAGGCAGGGGGGCUUCAGAUGGGUGCCAUAUGAUGCCAAUAAACCCAAGGCUCACAGAACGAGGCGCGCCGUGGAAGCAUUUCCGCCCAAACCCGAGAGUGAUGGGGAAUAUCUAUUCGAUCUACCCGGUUCGAGUUCACAUAGCGGACAUUGA